AUACCAUCGUUCCCGUCAUGGCUGAAGAAGAAAAGAGUGUUGUCCUCGAGACUUCCGUGGGUACCAUUCGAAUUGAGCUCUAUUGGGAUCAUGCGCCUAGAACCUGCAAGAACUUUCAUGAAUUGGCAAAGCGUGGUUACUACAAUGGUGUCAGCUUCCAUCGCAUCAUUUCCGACUUUAUGAUUCAAGGUGGCGAUCCCACUGGCACUGGUCGAGGUGGUACUUCCAUCUAUGGUGAAAAGUUCGAUGAUGAAAUUCAUCCUGGUUUAAAGCACACUGGAGCAGGAAUUCUGAGCAUGGCCAAUUCAGGUCCCAACACCAACGGUUCACAGUUUUUCAUUACCCUGGCGCCAACACCGUGGUUGGAUGGCAAACAUACAAUUUUUGGUCGAGUGAGUGAUGGUAUGAAUGUAGUGAAGCGUAUGGGACUGGUGCCUACGGAUAGCAAUGAUAGACCCAAAGGCGUGGUUCGCAUUGAACAUGCCCGUGUCGAAUAGAAUACCAGCAUUGCAUUGUCGAGUCCUCUCUUAUAAAGUCAACGCGCCCGAUGAUGUACAAAAUAGUAGCGACUUGAAGGAAUACAUCAUCAUCGUCAAAACACGAUUUAUCCAGUCUGGACUUGGAGUCCUUUCCAUCAGAAAUUCAACAAUAUAGUAUUAUUCGUUACAGUAUGGGACCUUUUUCCGAAUAAGUCUAACAAGUGUCAUAUUGGCUAGUUUGGUGGCAUGCUUUCUUCAGUACAGCAUACGAUGUGAAAUGGUCAAUUGUCAUACAGUUGGCAUAAAAAAAUUGUAGAGACAUGGUCAAAUUGAGUGACUUGAGAGGCGGUAUCUUUUGAUUUUGAAGAUUGAAUGCAUCAUUUUUAUUAAAAAAAAAAA